UAAGGCCGCCGAUGAAUCAUCACCUCCCAACUGAAGACGCCUCCGCGGUGGCCGCAGCUGGCUGGCGAGCCCUCGGCAUCGACCGCCGUGCCGCACCGCUCGAGGCGGCGCUCGAGCCGACCAGCGUCAAGGCGGACCCCGCCAUCGACUCGCUCGGCGACGACGUCCUCUCGCUCUGCCUGGCGCAGGCCCGGUGCGGCUGGACGCUCGCGGCGGCGAUGCAGGUCUGCCACGCCUGGCGCACGGUCGCUGCCGGGGAGGAGCUUUGGGAGAACGCCGUCACCACCCGGUGGCGCCUCGCGACUCGCCGCCGGUCGCGCUCCGGCAAGUAUGUUCAUGGCGAGCGCUCGUGGCGCGAGGUGUGGCGUGUCUUCCACCGGCGGCGGCGGCGGCCGUGCUGCGCCGCCCUCUCGCCGCGGGCGGUCCACCACGCACUCGGCGAGUCGGGCCGCCUCGCCGCGUGGCUGCUGAUCAACCACCAACCCGCCUGCCGGCUGCUACCUCCGCUCGACGGCUGCACCUCGCCGCGCCUCAGCUGCAAGCUGCUGCUGCAGAACCUGCGGCCCGAGACACUCUGCCUGCUCGGAGGCGGCCACAUGCUGCUGCUGCUGCGCGACGGCCGCCCGCUCGCGGUCGAGCAGGUUGGGUGGUGCGCUGCGGUGCCCCCAGCCGAGCCCGGCGCGGCGGACGCCUCUGCCGAGGUCGGGUGCGGCCUGAUCUCUCCGCCGCCGCUCAAGUAUGUUCUGCCGCCGCUGCACUGCAUGCUGAUGGAGCUGCGUGUCCACGCGAGCGGCGACAUGGCCUUUGAGCCCGACCUGCUGGAGGCGGCGCACGCGCUGGUCGUCUCGCUGCCGCCGCACGGGCAGGUGCAGUGCCGCUUCGAGGGAGAAGAGGCGCUGUGGCGGCACUACGAGCCGAUCAACUCCUCCUUCUACGUGCACCACGAGAAUGAGACGGUGUGAUCCAUCCGUGCUUGUGCUUGUGCAAAGCACAGCUCGCGACGCGGCGCGCCGCUCUCGACAAUGCACACGUUGCGUGAGCCGCGGGUAUCGGUUGUAUUCCUUGUUGGGAAAGUACUCUCUCCCACAGCGAGUCCGAGCGACGCCGUGUGUUUAUGUGUGUGUGUGUGGUCUGCCAGAAUUCCCGCACUACACCUCUGGAGACCUCUGUCAGGUCUCUUUCAAGUGUCAGUUGUAUGAGGUGUAACCCCGAAC